AUGCUUAACUCUCUCUCUCUCUCUCUCUCUCUCUCUCUCUCUCUCUCUCCAACUAACUUCUUUAGGAGGAUACCUCCGCUUACUCUCUCUCGCUCUCUCUCUCUCUCUCUCUGUCUCUCUCUGUCUCAUAUCCUUUUCUCUCUCUCUACUCCUCUUCUCUCUCCCUCUCUCUCUGUAAACUCUUCCUCCUCUCUCUUUCUCUCUCUCUCCCUUUCUCUCCUCCUCUCUCUCUCUCCUCUCUUUCUAUCUCCUCUCUCUCUUCUCUCUCUUUCCUCCCUUUCCUUCUCUCUCUCCUAUCUUCCUUCUCUCUUCUUUCUCUUUUCCCUUCUCUCUCUUAAUCUCAUUAUGAUUCUUUAUCUCUUCUCCCUUUCCUCAUCUCCUCCUCCUUUUUCUCUCUCUUUUUCCCUCUCUCACUGUCCUUCUCUCUCUCCCUUCCUCUUUUUUUAUUUUUCUUCUCUCUCCUCUCCUCUUCUCUUUCCUCCUUUCUCUCUUUCCUCCUCCUUCUUCUCUUCCUUCCUCAUUUUUUUCCUCCUCCUUUUCUUCCCUCCUCUCAUAUCUUACUUUCCUCCUCUUUUUCUCAUUUUCUCAUCUCUCUUCCUUCAUUAUUCUCUUCUCUUCCUUCUAUCCUCUCUUUCUCUUAUUUCUUCUUCCUCCUUUCUCUCUUUUAAUCUCUUUUUCUUUCUCUCUUUCCUUCUCUCUUAA